CGCAGGCUGGCAUCUCACACACCACUGGCGCCUUCCGCCUUUCUCUGGUUCUUAGUUCUACUUCCUGGAAUGGCUGCACGGCCGCAUUGUCCUCGGUCUGCCAAGCAGGCGGCGAGGAUGGCAGCCUUCAAGGAGGGGGCAAUCAGAGCGUUCAGUUGACUUUUCGCUUGACGCGGCAGGGGAGUGAGCGAGGGCAGUGUUAGAUCAAAAGGUUCUGGCCGAGAUCGAGAUGGCACUGACGAAGAGUGUCUGCGGGAGCCGAGGGAUUGAAAGUCUCUGCACGGCAAGAUUAGAGAGUCAGGCUAGACGAGUCACCCUUUGCUGCCUGCCUUUCCAGGCAAUCCCAAAACCCCAAGGCCGCCCUCCAGGCCCCCGGCACUCUUCUCGUAGCUCUUCUUCAUACAACCGUCAGCAUUCACAACCACAGCAGCUCCCCAAGUCAACAUCCUUUAUUAGAAACGUCAAAGUCUGUGCAAGCAGCAAGGGCGGAAGCAAUGGCCAUGUUGACAGCGCAAACGCAGAGCAAAAGGAUCAGGGAGAAGGCGGCGAGUCCACAAAUGGGGAGGGCAAUGGCAGGGGGCCAAUCUAUGUGGAAGAUGGAGACAGGCCGCCCCCGGGACUGGCAGCUGCAGCGAGACAGCAGUCAGAGCCUCAAAUAGAGCCUGACGGAGAUCACAAAAUGCUGGCGGCUGUUGACAUGGGGACGAACUCGUUCCACAUGGUCAUAGUGCGGGCCGAUGCAAAAGGUCGCUUCCAGAUUGUCGAUGUGGAGAAGGAUGAUGUCAGGCUGGGGAAGGGCAGCAUGGGGUUCAGCAUCAUUCACCCUGACGCCGAGGAGCGCGCGAUCGCAGCCAUGAGGCGAUUCCAGAAGAUUGCUAAAACCAGGAACGCUUCGAUGAGAGUGGUCGCAACAUCUGCGGUCCGGGAGGCAAAGAACCGAAGGACAUACAUCCGGCGAGUCAAGGAGGAGACAGGAAUCGAUGUCGAGAUCCUGUCGGGCAAAGAGGAGGCUUGCCUGAUCUAUCUGGGAGUUCUGCAAGCCCUCCCCGUCUUCGAAAAAACCGUCCUGACCGUCGAUAUCGGAGGAGGCUCUACCGAAUUCGUCGUGGGCCGGCAAGGGGAGCCGCUUUAUGCCACGUCGCUGAAGCUCGGGCAUGUGCGGUUGACGGAGCAAUUCCUAGGGAGUGGGAAUGAGCCCCUGCAGAGGUCGCAGAUUGACGACCUCCGGCGCCACGUGCGGAUAAUGCUCGCGGACUCAGGCGUCCUUGACGCAGUCAGCAACCGGCACUUUGAUGUCGCGAUCGGGAGUUCUGGGACGAUUGAAACGAUUGCGGAAAUGAUUCAUGCCAACGUGGAACCAGAGGGCGUGGAGGGUACGGAGGUGGACAAGAAGGUGGCCGAUAAGAAGGGGCGGCAGUUCAAGGAGGAGGAGUUCACCAAGGAGCAGCUGCAGGCCGUGGUGAAGAAGAUUCUGAAGGCCAAGACGAACGACCAGCGCGCCAAGAUCCCGGGGCUGCAGAAGCAGAGGGCUGACGUCAUCGUGGGGGGAGCGAUCCUGCUCGAGGAGAUCUUUGAGGCCAUGAACAUCGACAAAAUGAAAGUGUCGCCGUACGCCCUUCGGGAGGGCGUCAUCGUCGACACGCUGUCGCAGACCAUUGAGAACUUCAACCAGACGCCCGACAUCCGGCGCGCUUCGAUCCUCAAUCUGGCCGCGCGGUUCAACACCGACCGCAGAAUGGAUUCCGCCAUCCACUCCGCGGACCUCGCAAAGCAAAUUCUGUGGGGCAUGCAGACGUGCCGCACGGGCAGCCAGGACUGCUGCACGGAGCUGGCGCUGUCGCUGGACGACAACGACUGCUUCCUCAUGGAGGCCGCCACCAUGCUGCACUACGUCGGCAUGUUCGUCUCGCACACCGGCUACCACAAACACUCCUACUACUUAAUCAAGAACAACGAGCACUUGCUGGGCUUCAGUCCGAUGGAGAUCGAGGUGAUUGCGCUGCUGACGCGGUACCACCGCAAAAAGGUGCCCUCCAGCAAGCACGAGGCCUUCGCAGAGCUACCGCCGGAGAUCCAGACCAAGUUUAAGGCCAUGUGUGCGAUCAUGCGCGUGGCGGUCGCCCUAGACCGGUGCGACUCGUCGACGGUGGAGCGGGUGACGGUGCUGCAAGACCUGCAGUCUUGCGUGCUGGCCGUGACGCCGAAGGUGGACCCGGACACUGGUAAGGCCAAGGACGUGUCCCUCGAGGUCUGGGCUGCGACGGCCGAGCUAGAGUUCUUCAACAAGGUGUUCAAAAAGACGGCAUCGAUUGUUAUUGCUGACAUGCACGAUGCAGACCAGCUCGACAUCGAAGUUUCGAAGAGCCUCAGCUCCUGAGCCACGGCUCUAUUUCACGACUCUAUGUUUGCGUUUCAACCCGAAGCAGAGGGGGAAGAGAGAGAGUGUGCGAGUCAUCUGUAGAUAGCCGGAAGGGCGAAAAUAGUCGCAAGGUGUGAAUCUGGUAAGAUGGUCGAGACAGGCCCAAAGAAUUGAUUGGUGAGCAGCAUUUGGUAAGGUAGAGAUGGCUAGGAUCCGGUAAGGCUACUGCGCAGCUAGCUAAGGAGUCAGAGUCGAAGCAUGUUACCUGCGCCUAUUGGGCUGCCGUCGCUCGAUGUGUUUGCGAUUUGAGUUGAACUAGAUUGUCGACAUUUCUAGUAUUAUUCUAGUGCAUACUCAGCCGAGCUCAACACAUUCCUCACGGCCUUUAUGCAAACAAAAUGGAAGGAAA